UCGGCCAGCGGUUUAUUUUGUAUAGUUUAAUAGUUAUUACUUAGUACGCUCGCGCUACAUACCAUUUACCUGUAAUGUUGGUCGUGGGCGCCGCGUGUGCGUUUGGUUGAGUGCGAUAUUUUUGUUUGCCCGCGAAUUCACUUCGUCGGAAAUCGGUAGCCUCCGUUGGUCGAUCGUUAAAACGGAUAUAUCGUAAUAAGUUCGUCCUCGCUGAUUUUUUUUUUUUUUUUUUAAAUCGUUUUUCGUCUGCUCGUUAAAAACAUAAUAUUUAACCGUUAUCAAUUUAUCAUCCGUGUGGUGUGGAUUACAAUACGUGAUAGCGGUGAACAAUAAUAAAAAAGCAACACAUUUUCGGGCGGGUCUGCGAGGCGCGAGUGCAUCCUGUGAUAAGAGAUAAAGCGGUACGAGCCUCAAUCGCGGCCGGUUGUUGUUUCGUAACGUAAUUAUUUAGGUACCAAGUGACCAGUGUUAAUAAUUAUAAAAAUAAUGCUAUAAAUUUUUUCACAUUUUUUAGUACUUUGUUUUCCUUUUACACUUUGCCGUUGAACGAAUGUGCGUUGUGCGACAGUCGUCGAGUUGUAUUUAUCUAGCCGUUCGUAUUUAGUAUAGUAUUAAACCGGUUUGAAUGUGUGCCCAUCGAAUUUAUUUUUUUAAACGACCCAAGUGAAGCGAAUCCAAUAACGACGACGACCCCACCAACAAACUCGUUGCCGAACCGUCUUUACCGUACAAUUACGGGUAAUGGACGCGUGAACUUUACAACCACCGUGUACUCGGGCAUAUACCCACAAGAUAAUGUCCACGGCGCCGUUCGUGGUCAAGCACGAUGGGAAGAAGCACAAUAUUGAACAUUUUUUGCGCUUCCACCCGGGUGGCACCAACACAUUGUCAUUUCUGAAGAACGCCGAUGUCACCGAUCGGCUAUUGGCUACUCACCACUCUGCUGCUGCAUACGAGUUGCUCAAGGAUUAUAGAGUAGACGAGGAAGAUGUACACAAGCAUAUUAGAGAGGAUGGCGAUUUAGAGAGUCUUGUAGAUUGGAAUCGACCCAUGUUUUGGCAAGUUGGGUCGUUAGGCCCAAAGUACAAAGAAUGGGUAUUGGCUCCUGUUGAUCGAAAAUUGAGAUUGUUCGGCUCCGACUUCAUCGAAUCGCUUACCAUCACUUCAUGGUAUAUGGUACCAUCGAUUUGGAUACCUGUGAUGUUUUACCUAAUAUUCAUUGGUUAUCAAAGGUUAAGAAGUUCAUUAACCAGCACAAUAGAUCAAACAAUUUAUUCAGAUUAUUUUUCGAUAGUAACAUUGGUCAUAUGUUCAACUAUUUUGGGCUUACUUUUGUGGCCUCUCAUUGAGUACACCAUUCAUCGUUGGUUAUUUCAUUUACAGCCUCCAGACAACUCACCUUUACUUAUCACAUUGCAUUUUGGCAUUCACGGAUUACAUCACAAGGUGCCAUUUGACGACCGACGGUUAUUGUUUCCGCCGGGACCAGCCGCAGUACUUAUAUCGGCUGCGUACGCUAUAUACUUGAUGCUUUUUCCUCAUUGGAUGGCGCCGCUGGUAUUGGCUGGUAUGAUUUCGGGCUAUGUAACUUAUGAUUUAAUACAUUUCUACUUACACUACGGAUGUCCCAGGGAAGGCUCGUACCUGUACACAAUGAAAAGAUACCACAACCAACAUCAUUUCGCGCACCACGAAAGCGGUUUCGGUAUCAGCAGCCAAUUUUGGGACCACAUAUUCGGCACAGCAAUUGCACUGAAAAAGCUUAGCCGAUGUUUAAAAUGGUACUAACCUGCUACCUGUAAACUCGUGCCUUAUAAAUUAUAAUAUUAUAUAUACAAAAAUGAAAGAAAUUAAAUUAUAUGUAUGUAUAGUAUAUAUAUAUACAUAUGCAUAUAUUGAGUGUAUAUGUAUUGAUAUAUACAAUUAUUAUUAUUAUUAUUAUUAAUUAUUAUUAUAAUACAAAGGAAAGAAAUCACACCAAACUCGGAGUGCCUAUCUAAUGAAACUCAAAUAUUACAAUUAAUAAUUUAACAAAUAAUGAUCCGCUCACGGAAGCAGUCAUAACACGACGGUAUAUUAUAUAUAUAUAUGUAACUUGUCUAAUUUUGUUAUGCAUAAAAAAUAUAUAUAUUAUAAAUAUAUAAAUGUA